UGGUAAGAAUGCUUCCUACUCCCUGUGUCUAGACUUUUAUCGCCACCCGAUGGUGAAGUGUAAUACAGGAUCCUGACACGUGAGUAUACCAGGGCCAGGGUGAGGAGCUCAGAGUAGAACCAGUGCUCCUCCAUGUUGAGAGGAGCCAACUGAGGUGGAUGUCCUUCUGGAAUGACACGCUGGAGGGAUUAAAUCUGGGAUCCCCCCAGAGGAGCUGGUAGAAGUGGCUAGGGAGAGGGCAGUCUGGGCUUCCUUGCUAAGGCUGCUUACCCCGCAACCCGUACCUGGAUAAGUGGAAGACAACGUAACAGAACGGAACAAGAGAUGUUUGUCUGUUAAUCGCAUAAAUGUCCUCGACAGGCCUCAAGCUUGGCAGGUGACUGACGGGGGACACCAGUGCUAAGGUGCCGACUUUGGGUGACAACAGGUGAGCUUUUGAGAUUGAGUCAGAUUGACCAGCGGGUUGGCGGACGCUCGCCACCAAUUCUUCUCAUUUAAAGCCACAGAACCUUUUGUUUCACGGAGGACAAUGUCUUCUUAUAUUUAUGCAGUAUGUCAUGGCCCCACCUUCACCUUGCAGCACUGCUCGUGAAGAGGCAAAGCUUUUUGUUGGAGGAAUAAACUAACCCGUUUGUCCAGGUUGCUGGACAAACUGGUUCUGGUGUUCAGGUAUUUUAGAGGACACUGAGAAAUGACAUCGUCUCAGUGAAGACGAGAGACUGUGAGAGCUCGGAGGACUGAGCGGCGCUGCCUCAUCACACAGAGACGCCAUCAUGUCCAACUCGAUGAUCAUCAGGCAGCCUCAGCCUGUGAUGGUGAUCCAAGACUCUGAUGAGUGGGGGUCUGGGAUAUGUGACUGCUGCCAAGAUGUGCCAGAGUGCUGUUGUGCUUUCUGGUGUUGUCCCUGCUUUGCCUGCAAAGUCACCGACACCUAUGGAGAAGCUCUAUGCCUUCCCCUGCUGGACAUUUUCGGUAUGGUACCGCCUGCCACCUUGGCCAUGAGGGUGGCCAUGCGUCACCGUUAUGGCAUCGCCGGUAACCUUUGCACGGACUGCAUCUACGCCAGCUUCUGCACGUCCUGCACCUGGUGUCAGAUGUCCAGAGAGAUGAGGAGAAGAAACAUCCAGGUCACUCUGGUCGGCGCCAAAAGAACAUGAUCAACGGACCACCGCGCGCGUUUAUUUUACAUGUCGCCUUUUAAAAUCAUUUAUUUAGAAAGGCUUUUUAAAAAAAAUCCUGGCAGCACUGUGACACUCUCCUUCUGUACAUUUUCCUCAUUUUAUUGUAUGUUUUAUGAUCAUUCGAUGUUCAGUAAAAACACUGUGGCUACAUUGUCGGUGUUGUAAAGGGCUACAGAAGUAGACAAUCAAUGUGAUAUGGCUGUAUCUGCUUCUUUUAUAGCUGUAAAAUACAAAAAAAUGACUGAUGUCAAGUGUCAAAGAUAGAAAUAUGACUUAUGCCCCACUGUAAAAAGCAUGCAAUUGGAAAGUUGGAACAAAUAUGUUUUUUUAAUAUGAGCAGAGACUAAAAUCCACCAUAACCCACAGGCAAAAACUGUUUUUUCUAUAGACGUCAUAAGAGUUUAUCAUUAUUGUCACGCAUUCAAAAUACAGAUAUGUCCAUUUUGAAUCCACGUUUGUACAUUU